AUGGGUGACAUAUUCAACGCCCAUGCGUCGCUUGCGGACUUGUACUUCAUGUCCCAAGAGCCGCUUUAUACGGAGCCACAACCACAACAAGAGUUCGUCGUGCAACAUCCCGUCGACUCAGUGUUCUUUCCUCCUUGGGAUAACACUCUAACCAGUGCCACGGAAGGGACUUUUAGUGAUGCUGUGCCCUACGCAAGUUCCACCUCCACCAAUUCUGUUCGUUCCACCAACUCUGCUAACUCCGUCAACUCCGUCAACUCCGCCAACACUAUGGCCACACCUUCUUCGACACAAACACGACUUGACAUGGCAUCUAUGCUCCAAAACGAUUCGAUGGCGCUGGCGCCAAACUCGCUUGCAGCAUUAGUGGCAUUUACAAGUGUAGACCACGAUGCAGUGGCAAUGCUGUCUGCCCCACGGAAAGCCCAUUUUGACCCUAUAGAAACGGGCAUGAGUGGUGUCACGCAGUAUAUGCCUCCAGACACACAAUAUCUUCUUAUAGAAGCGCAACACCAGGCUGUACCACAGGCGUUUGCGCCGCCUCUACAUCGCAAGGCGCCUUGCAUUUCGCCAGACCCGAGCGAAGGGCAACCUAUUCCAGCCCAUGUUGAAGAGCAGCUGCCGCUAGACGAUGCGAGAGCUGCGGCAAUAGCGCAAGUAUUACCUUGCAAUGCGCAAGAGUGCGCGCAACUGGCAUACCACAGCAGCAUGCCUGUUGGCGCCCAGUCGCAUUCGUCAAGCAUGUGGCGCACGCCUCCUACGCCUGUCAGCGUAUGUACGGUCGAUUUGUGCCGCAUUGUACGGGGAUCAUCGUCCGCUUCUGCCAUGUCAAAGCCUCCCGCAAGCCCACCAAGACAUGGGCAUUAUUAUGCGCCCGUCAAACUAGCGGUGCAGAAGGAGCUGCUCAGCUAUGCAUGCAGCUCGCACUGGAGUGACGCCGAAUUGGAGGAUAAGCGGCGAAUAGUGCGUGUGGAAUGCACGCAGGAUUGUGCGGCUCUCGGCGCAGGGUUUCGCAUUGUGGGACUGGCUACGAAACACCCAGCGCCAGAGCCUGCGCCUGCAGGCGUAUCUGUAAUUGAGGUCUCGUGCUUGCAGAAGGAUACAUCCGACUGCGGGAUACCCGCCGGUUACUACAUUACUUCUGUCGAGGUGAUUGGCAUUGUGGAAACGCUAAUCAACGCAAGCUGUAUGGACCCAGCGCAACGGCGGCGCGAGCGCGGCCGGAUCCGCUCUAAUUUGAUGCCCUUUUGGCAAAAACGGCCGUUGCUGGCAAAAUCUUCGGGCGAAGACUUUGCAGACGCUGAUAAUGCUUUUGCUAGACGUAUCAUGGCCUAUAGUAUUCGCAAGCCUCGUGGGUUCGACAAGAACGUACGGGUUUUGCAUUGGGACCAUCUUGGACAGGCCUUAGAGAGGGCUCUCCAGUGCUAUUACGUUGAGGUUCCGUUAGACAAGACUAUUGAAUAA